UGAUCACUUCCUCUUAACAGUUUGAUUACACAGUCAAAGAUUAUAGCAUCAAGAAGAAAAGAAGAUGAGGAAGCUCGUAGGGUUUGUAAUGGGAAAACGGGUUCGACGAGUCUCUAGAUGGAUUCUUGGAAAAACCCGGAUCCGUCGGUCCGGAUACAACCGGUUACACCCGACCAGACCAACUCGUAUGUUGACAUUGCCGAUCACCAAACUCAAAAGUUGGAGCCAACGUCUCAAACAAAGGUUCAGCAUAUUGGGAUCUACAAGACGAUCCGAAUAUAAACCUGACCAUGUUCCAAGGGGACACUUGGCGGUUUACGUGGGUCAAAAACACGGUGACGUUCGCAGAGUUUUGGUGCCUAUAGUUUACUUUAACCAUCCUCUUUUCAGUGAGCUUCUCAGAAAAUCCGAAAAAGAGUAUGGAUUCCGACACGAAGGAGGCAUCACUAUACCUUGUCUGUAUUCAGAUUUCCAACGUGUCGAAACCCGAAUCGCUUCCGGGUUGGAUUCUCGGAUAUUUCCAUGGAGUCGUCUUUGUAGCAGUUAAAGCGACCAUAAGAACAUAAAGUUCAAAAUGUUUCAACUUUUUCAAUGCUUUAUUUUCUUACUGUUUUGUAUCUUAUUACUUUUUCACUUUACUCUUUUUUUGUGGUAGUGUGUUAUAAUAAGGUGGAAAUGUAAAUACUUUUUAUUAUCGUAUCAAUUAUAUUGGAUAAUGAUGUGAUUAGCAUGGGGACACACUUUAGUGGUAAUGGUACAUUGCUUUUUAUUUUAUUUUUUGUGAUGAAUCCUCAAAGGAGAAGCUAAGUUAAG